GGUUUACACGAGAUUAGUGCUCGGCCGAGUCACUAGAGUAAGUCACUAAAAGUUCAAUAAUUUAGUAGAGAGUUCGUGUUCACAUGUAAAAGGGGAAAUAUGAGCCAGUGAAUUAGUAUAGUUAAUAAGUAAACUAUAUUUACCUAAAAUUAUAGUUAUCUAUUAAUACUUUUGCUAGUUUUGUUUAGUUUUCAAGAAUCCUCUUUUGAAAGUUAUUUUCUUUUCAUUUUAAAACUUUGAGUAUAAAUCUAUAAUAAAAAUGGAAAAAAGAAAAAUGUUGGUAAAAAAAUGUACAAAGAAUGUACUACAGUUAUUAUGCGAUCAGUUCUUAGAAAUAUUACAUGGUGUUGAAAAUGAAAAAAAACGAAUAUGGGUACGAAGUUGGCUGGAUAGAAGGAAUUCUUAUGGAGUAUCAAAUUUACUUCUCAAAGAAUUAGCGGAAGAAGACACUCAUGAGUUUACUAACUGUAUGAGAAUGGAUCCAACAACAUUUGAAAUUUUAUUUAAUAAAGUACACCAAAAGAUACAACGUUCAAACACCAUAAUGCGAGAAGCCAUACCUGCUCGUGUAAAGUUACAAGUUACUUUAUCAUAUUUAGCUACAGGUAACAGUUAUCGAAAUUUACAACAAUCUUUUCGAGUUUCAAGAGCAGCUAUUUCAAAGUUUAUUCCAGAAGUAUGCGAUGCAAUAUAUGAGGCUUUGGGAGAUUUUAUAAAGGUGCCUAGUACACAUGAAGAAUGGAAAGUUAUCGAAGAGGGUUUCAAUAAAAGAUGGAAUUUCCCAGGAUGCUAUGGUGCUAUUGAUGGGAAACACAUCAAUAUUCGUGCCCUUGCAAAAUGUGGAAGCUAUUAUUUCAACUACAAGGGUUCUAAUAGCGUUGUUCUUAUGGCAAUUGUUGAUGAUAAUUAUUGCUUUAGAUAUGUUAAUGUGGGGUGUAAUGGAAGAUUUUCAGAUGGAGGAGUUUUCCAAAAUUGUGAAAUAUCUAAAGCAUUAGAAAAUAAUCUGUUACCAAAUGGAGGCUUUAUAGUAGGAGAUGAUGCAUUUCCUUUAAAACCCUAUUUAUUAAAACCAUACUCUCGGAAACAAUUAACAUUGUCAGAAAAAAUAUUUAAUUACAGGCUAUCUCGUGCAAGACGCAUUGUAGAAAAUGCUUUUGGCAUCUUAGUUGGAAAGUUUCGUGUUUUUGAAAAACCAAUUGCUUGUGAUGUUUCAACAGUUGACAAAAUUAUUCUCGCUUGUUGUGCAUUACACAAUUGGCUAAGAAUAACAAAUAAAAAUUAUUUUUCACGAGGGUUAGUAGAUGAAGAAAAUCUCGAUGAGUAUAAAAUAAUUGAAGGUUCUUGGAGGUUUCAAUCACACAAUGGAUUAUUAUCUAUUUCAAACGCUAGAAGUAAUCAUUCAUCACAAAUUGCUAGACUGUUGAGAGAAAAAUAUACUGCAUAUUUUAUGAACGAAGGAUCUGUGCCUUGGCCAGAAAGAAUGAUUUUUUGAUGUAUAUUAUAAAUUAUUAUU